AUGAUGAGAAGUCAGUCACCCAUCCCUAACACCUACUCUUCCUCCGCCUCCAUCCGCAAGCGCCGCUGCAGAGGAAGAUCACAAACCCCUCCACCGCCUUCACGCCUUGGGGCCUCAAACUCCACAAAGAAGCGAGGAUGUGGAGUAUACCGAAAUAACGAAACGUCAACCGUUGAAAACUCCGAUAGCAGAUGUGGAAGUAAGGGUUCUCCUUUUGGGGGUUUGAGUGGCUCUAUACUUAUGGCAUCUGGUUUCUUAUAUAGUCUCAUCAGACCAGCUACUAUCGGUAUGUUGUCCUUCUUUGUAACGGUGUAUAAGAACAACAGUUUGGAUGUGUAUGUAUCCAUAUAG